AUGGCCCCCAGGACACUGUUCGCGGUGACUGCCUCCCUAGCCAUUGUGGCGGCCGUUUUCUUCAGAGAAGCGAGCGCGCAAACAAGCGGCUGCACGGCGUCCAUCCUCAGCCUCGCUUCCUGCCUGGGAUACAUCACCGGCGUCGACCCCACGCCCUCGAGCAGCUGCUGCGGGGGGCUCGCCUCCGUCGUCAAGACAUCGCCGCUGUGCCUUUGCCAGGUCCUCAAUGGCGGGGCCUCCCAAUUCGGCGUCACAGUCAACCAGACGCAGGCCCUCCAGCUUCCCGGCGCCUGCAACGUCGAGACCCCUCCGGCGAGCAACUGCAACGGUGAGACUCCACUAAACCCACGUCUCAAGUUCAGAUUAACAAGCCCCCAGACCUGCCCAGAAAACCCAGCCGGACCCUCCUUAGUGCCUACCCAUCUCUUAACAGUGCUUUCUAACGAUCGCCUCCGUUGUUGCAGCUGCCUCAGCACCGACUACUACGACAGCCCCCUCAACUAA